AUGUCAUCGUCUCUCCUUCUCAAACACAUUGUUUAUAUCAUAACUUCUCUUUCUUUCUUUCUCUCUCUCUCUUUCUCUCUCUCAGACACGUUCUUUAUAACAUUCUUUAUAUCAUCUUUUCUCUCUCUCUCUCUCUCGAACAUUCUUUUAAAUCAUUUCUUCUCUCUCUCUCUCUCUCGAACAUUCUUUAUAUCAUCUUUUCUCUCUCUCUCUCUCUCUCGAACAUUCUUUAUAUCAUCUUUUCUCUCUCUCUCUCUCUCUCUCUCGAACAUUCUUUAUAUCAUUUUCUCUCUCUCUCUCUCUCGAACAUUCUUUAUAUCAUUUUUUCUCUUUCUCUUUCUCUCUCUCUCUCUCUCUCUCAUACACUCUUUAUAUCAUCUUCCCUCUUUCCCUCUCUCUCGAACAUUCUUUAUAUCAUCUUUUCUCUUUCCUCUCUCUCUCAUACACUCUUUAUAUAAUCUUCCCUUUCUCUCUCUCUCAAACAUUCUUUAUAUCAUCUUUUCCCUUUCUCUUUCUCUCGAACAUUCUUUAUAUCAUCUUUUCUCUCUCUCUCUCUCUCUCUCAACAUCUUUAUAUCAUCUUUUCUCUCUCUCUCUCGAACAUUCUUUAUAUCAUCUUUUCUCUCUCUCUCUCUCUCUCUCGAACAUUCUUUAUAUCAUUUUCUCUCUUUCUCUCUCUCUCUCUCUCGAACAUUCUUUAUAUCAUCUUUUCUCUCUCUCUCUCUCUCUCGAACAUUCUUUAUAUCAUCUUUUCUCUCUCUCUCUCUCUCUUGAACAUUCUUUAUAUCAUUUUUCUCUCUUUCUCUCCUCUCUCUCUCGAACAUUCUUUAUCAUCUUUUCUCUCUCUCUCUCUCUCUCGAACAUUCUUUAUAUCAUCUUUUCUCUCUCUCUCUCUCUCGAACAUUCUUUAUAUCAUCUUUUCUCUCUCUCUCUCGAACAUUCUUUAUAUCAUUUUCUCUCUUUCUCCCCCUCUCUCUCAUACACACAUUAUAUCAUCUUUCUUUCUCUCCCUCUCUAUUUUUCUCACACAUAUACACUUGUAUAUCAUCAUCUUUCUUUCUCUCUCUCUCAUACACAUUCUUUAUAUCAUCAUCUCUCUCUCUCUCACUCUCUCACACACACAUGUUCUUUAUAUAAUCAUUUCUCACAUUCUUUACAUCAUAUUCUUUCGUUCUCCCCCCCUCUCUCUCUCUCUUUCUCACAGACAAAUUUUUAUAUCAACUCUCUCUCUCUCUCUCUCUUCCCAUACAUUUUUUAUAUCACUUUCUCUCUCUUUCCCACACAACUAUUUUAUAUUAUCUUCAGUCUUUCUCUCUCCUCCUCUCUCUUUCUGACUUUUUUAUUAUCUUCUCUCUUUCUCUCUCUCUCUCCCACGCAUUACUUAUAUCAUUAUCUCUCUAUCUUUCUGUUUCACAUCUGUUGUAUAUUAUCUUCUCUCUUUUUGUCUCUCUCUCUCACUACUUUUAUAUCAUCUUCUCUCUUUCUCUCUCUCUCAUACACACAUUAUUUCUAUCAUCUCUUUCUCUUUCUCUCUAUCUUUUUCACCUUUUUUAUAUCAUCAUCAUCAUCAUCAUCAUCAUCUCUCUCUCUCUCUCUCUCUCUCUCUCUCUCUCUCUGGUGGAGAGGUGACAUACGUGUAUAG